AUGAAGAGAUUCCUAAUCGUCCUGACCAUCGCUUAUUCAGUUCAAGCAUGGCAAGAAGUAAUUGGUCCUAUCCAUGUUACAACAGCAACGGGUAAGGUACCGCCGAAAAACCAACCGUUGACUGCCGACGAUAAGCAUGCGACGCGCAAGGCUGGUACCUUGGUAACCUUCUUAAAGACUUUACCUCUACUGAAUCCAUUCGUAUUUGACAAUUUGGGGCCUUACCCUGUGAGUCUACCUGAGGUCAAAUUCCAGGGCAAUCUUCAGCUCAGUAACGUUGUAGUGAAUGGAAUUAAAAACUUAGUACUGGAUGGUCUAGAAGUACGCAUGAAUCCUUCUAGGAUUGAAUUUAAUGCUUCUUUUGCUCAGAUUUCUACCGAGGUUAACUUUGCAGUCAACGGAGAAUUAAACGGCAAGCCUUUGAAAGUCAAUGGUCAUGUGAGUGCAAAUCUUAAAAAUGUUAACGCAUUGGUUGCACUCGGACCAACAAUGGCGGAAUAUCGCAAAAAUGCAGUGUACGAAUUAACAAACGCUGAUGUAAUAAUAAAUAUAGCCCAGGUUGAAAUCGUGAUGCAAAUGGAUAAGCACUCUGAAGAGUUUAGAGGCAUUGUAUUGGAGUUCUUGAACAAUACAAACAAAUACUCCUUGGUUGUAGACGAUAUACUCCGCGCAGUUCUGAAGGCCAUCAGCCAUGAGCUCAAGCAGCUCACCGUCACGGAGAUACAGAAAUACUUGCUGAGUUCCGCCAAACCAUCCUCGCUUUUGUGA